AUGUUGUUGUCAGCAUACAGGCUUGAGGCGCCUGCCCUUGGUGGCCCACACUGGAUAGACCAAGUAAACUUUAUCCUCUACAUCCACAACACCCUCGACACCCCUCGCUCGCACCUCCGACCUCUCCUCCGGCACUACGCCAACUGGGUUGAUCAGCUCCUAGUCAAAACUUCCAAACAUGCAUCCUCUUCCGCGCCGACAAUAUCAUCGACGAAGAGGGAGAAGGAGAAUGGCAUGAAGAAGAAGAAAAAAGACAAGACCGCGUUCAGUUGCUAUCGAUAUCGACAUUACAAAAUCAACCUAAUCGAGAUGGCUAUGCUCCACCUCCUCGUCCACCUCCUCCUCCUCCGCAACCCGAUCACCUUCCGGCUACAAAGCAUCAGAGUCCACAGGGAUCCGACCGGAAUAGAUAUAACCGACGUGUAUAUUCUCAACAACGUCAAAAUCUACCGCCAUCCUCUCCAAAGUGGGCAAGGGAUCGAACAAGACGUAGGAGGAGAAUGGAUCGUGUAUCGGGCAGGGCGGCUACGUACUGUCGAUGUUCUGGCUGCGAGGGACAGGAGGAGAAGACGGCGGAAUCACCACGCCCGUGGAGCUCUCGGUCUCCUCUUCCUCCUCGGCAUCGACAAACAUCAAACGACUAGCCGCGUCUUACACCUACUUCAAGCUCCGCCCAUGAAGGGAUCCGGGGUGCCUCUCGGCUCUCCUCACCCGUCCACAGCAGGCCAGGAUGCGUGGUUCUAUCCUAAUGCACCACGCUAA